CGCCGCCGGGAGGGCCGCUUGGCUGAGGAGAGGGAAGGCAGGCAGGGUCGCGGUUGUGGCGGGGGCGGUUUGUGGGGCCGGCCCCAGCCGUGUGAGGGCCGAGGUCCCCACAAGCAUGCGGCAAACGGCGCCCCCGGGGUGCGGGAAGAGGCCGCGUUGUACUGGUUUUGUCUCGUCAGAUGAUCGUUGGAGCUUAUGACAGGCUUCACCCUGCCCAGAGGCAGUUCACGAAGGCCUGACAGAGGGUUUAUCAACAUCGAUGGAGCCUGAUUCUUCGCUGCCUUACAUUUUCAGAGUCAUUGCCCUUUUUCCAACUGUCUGUAGACUCCAAUCAAGUCUGAACUGAGUUAGAAAAAUCAAUCAUGUCAUCCUUUCAAGAAGUUCCAUCUUCAACUAAUGCUUUGCAGACUUCCAAUUUUGCACAUGUAAUUUUCCAAAAUGUGGCAAAAAGUUAUCUUCCGAACACACACCUUGAAUGUCACUACACUCUGACCCAAUUUAUCCAUCCUCAUCAGAAAGACUGGGUUGGUAUUUUCAAGGUUGGUUGGAGUACCGCAAGAGAUUAUUACACAUUUCUUUGGUCACCUAUGCCAGAAAAUUAUGUGGAAGGAUCAACUGUUAAUUGUGUGCUGACUUUUCAAGGAUAUUACCUACCAAAUGAUGACGGAGAAUUUUACCAGUUCUGUUAUGUGACUCAUAAAGGAGAAAUCCGUGGAGCAAGCACACCUUUCCAGUUUCGUACUUCUUCCCCUGUUGAAGAAUUGCUCACUAUGGAAGAUGAAGGAAACUCUGAUAUGUUAGUGGUGACUACCAAAGCUGGACUUCUUGAGUUUAAAAUUGAAAAAAUAAUAAAAGAAAAAGAAGAGCUAUUAAAAGUAACUUCUGUUCUGGAAAACGAAACAGCACAACUCAGAGAUCAAGUUGAAAGACUGGAAAAAGAACUUAACCAUGAAAAGCAGAGAUGUGACCAACUGCAAACAGAGCAAAAGAAUGGUGUUCAAGCAUCAGAAGCUCUUAAAACUGAAGUUGAUGAUUUGAAGAAGAAGCAUGAUGAGGCUGCUUCAAAAGUUCUGCAGCUUGAAGAAGAUAUCAUGACUGUUACUCAAAAAGCCAUUGCAAAAGAAACUGAGUUAGACAGCCUGAAGGACAAACUGAAGAAAGUGACGCUUGAGAAGGAGCAACUUGAAUGUGUGUUGAAGACAGAAAAGGAUGAAAAAGAACUUUAUAAGAUACACUUGAAGAACACAGAAAUAGAAAACACCAAACUAGUAAAAGAAAUCCAGACGUUUAAGAAUUUGGAUGCAAACAAAGAAAACAUGAUAUCAUAUUAUAAAGAGGAGGUUGGCAGAUUACAGCUAUUUAUAGCUGAAAAAGAAAAUAUGAAGAAAGCUUUUUUGCUGUCCUCGUCAAACAAGGACGAUGCAAGUAUUUUAAAAGAACAGCUUCGGAAGGCUGAAGAUCAGAUUCAGGCUAGCAAACAAGAAGCUGUCCUAAUGUCAAAAGAGCUGAGUGAUGCAGUAAAUGUGCGAGAUAAGACGAUGGCAGAUCUUCACAGUGCACGUCUGGAGAAUGAAAAAAUGAAAAAGCAGCUUGCUGAUGCUUUAGCUGAACUUAAAAAAAUCACAGCUUUGAAAAAUGAACAGGAAACUUCAAACACAGUGGAGCAGGAACUGCGCAGAGAAGUUGAAGAUCUGAAGCUUCGUCUGCAAAUGGCUGCUGACCAUUACAAGGAAAAAUUCAAAGAAUGUCAAAAACUUCAAAAACAAGUAAACAAGUUUACAGAACAGGCAAAAAUUGCAGGGCAUCAACAGAAACUGACAGGUGCGUCUAACAUUGAGACAGCUACUGCCGUCGUUACAGACAAAAAGUUAUCUGCAUCUCCAGUUAGCCCCAUUUCAUCUGACAUAGUUUCGGAAUUCAUGGUAAAGGAGCAAAUACAUGAAAUGAAUAAAGAAAUUGCUGCGAAAACAGAGAAGUAUAAGAAAUGCAAGCAAAUGUUGGCAGAGGAGAAGGUGAAAUGCAGUAUUUAUGCUGAUGAACUAGCUAAACUGGAGCUGAAGUGGAAAGAACAAGUGAAAACCAAUGAGGGUAUAAAAUUACAGCUAGCAGCGAUGGAGGAUCAGUAUAAAGUUCAGCUGGCAGAAAAAGAGAGACGAAUAAAGGAACUGGCAUCACAGUUGGAACUCUUCACCAGUGACAAGGAACUUGGCAGGACACCAGGAAAUCAAGCUGGAAGGAUGAUGGAAGGACAGAUUUCACAACAAACAUUACAUUUUCGCAAUCCGUAUUCAGAGGAAAAUGGACCAGUUCCUGCAGUGCCAAGUAGACUACCAGUAUUGCAAUAUGGAAACCCUUAUGCAAUUCAGGAAAGAAGAGAUGGAGCAGAUGGCGCUUUUAAUCCUGAUGAGAUCCAAAGACCACCUGUUAGACCUUCCUUUUGGGAGCUGGAAGAUGAUGUAGUCUGUAGUCAGCCUUCACGCAAUCUUAGUCGGCCUGAUGGUUUAGAAGAUCCUGAGGACAGCAAUGAUGAUGACAACACUGUACCUUCUGCUCCUGAUCCUCCGAGUCUUCUCUUGCAUGAACGUGGGACACGUUUCUGCUUUGAUUCCAGUUUUGAGGUGCACAAGAAGUGCCCUCUCUGCGAUGUGAUGUUUCCGCCUAACUACGACCAGAGCAAGUUCGAGGAGCACGUGGAGAGUCACUGGAAGGUGUGUCCCAUGUGCAGCGAGCAGUUCCCGCCCGACUACGACCAGCAGGGCUUCGAGAGGCACGUUCAGACGCACUUCGAUCAGAACGUAUUAAAUUUCGAUUAAAUCCUGUUUUACAGCGUAGCUUAAAAACCCACCACUUCUGAAGUAGUCCACCUAUGGAACAGAAACAAGCGCAGCCUUUCCGUAACGGUGCAAACUUCUGAUGACAAGCUAAUUUACUCUAAUUGGAGCCGUGGUAAAUCGUGGCUGUAAGCUGCUAUUGGGUUAUCUCCUCUCUCUACCUAACAUUACACUUAAAAAAAAAACCCC